AUGGCUAAUAAGGCCAAGUGGCCUCAGUUGGGCGUGCAGCCGCAAAACCUGCAUGAGCACGCGACGCAACUCAUAGCAGAGGCAACAGCAUUGCUAACCCUAGAAAAAGGACAACGCCAAAAACUACCAGAUCAAUCAUUAGAAUCCUUUCUGAACAGCGUACAGGCUUAUGCCAAAAAAUCCAGGGCCGCACCAUCCUCCCACGAGAUCCUCGAUAAGUUGAAUCAGAUCCACCACAUCGCGAAGACCACCAUCUCAGACGACCUCACCCUCAUCAAGAACGCGGUCAACCAUGCAGCAACGCACCCGACAGCCAGAAACCCAACCUGGGCCGACAGAGUCAGGUCUGGCGGCACGCCCCCCCAGCCCAGAACGCCUCCACCCGCACAAACGAACAGCAAGGAGAGGGAGAUAAUAGUCAAACUACACAACCCCGAGGCGGCCGCACUGCUGCGAGAUAAGACACCGGGAGAGCUACGCGAAAGAGUCAACAAUGCACUGAAGGAGCGAACACGCAGCACGGAGCGACCGAUUCAGGUGGUAGCCGCCAAACAACUGAAGAGCGGAGACGUGUCCAUUCACACGGUGAACAUCGAAGACGCCAACAAACUGCGAGAAGAACAACAGUGGACACAGGCCCUGGGCAGAGAGGCCAAGGCCCUCCAACCCACAUACGGGGUCCUGGUUCACUCAGUUUGUACGGAUAAGGAGAACAUAGACCCCAGCAACCAGUCACGAUCCAUCGAGAAGAUCCAAACAGAGAAUGCAACUUUACACCCUGGAGCAACGAUCACCUACGUAGGAUGGCUCACGAGGACGGGAGCAAAGAAACCGACUUCGUCACUGGUGUUGGAAUUCACCACCAAGGAACAUGCAGACCGAGCGAUCAGAGAGGGAUUGGUCCUGGAUGCCUGCUACCAUCACUGUGAACUCUACGACAGAAGCUGCAAGCUGAAGCAAUGCUACAAGUGUCAGAAAUACGGCCACAUUGGAACUCAGUGCAACGUCAAUGAAACAUGCGGAUACUGUGCAGAACCCCACAACACGAGGGACUGCCGAAAGAGAGAAGAAGAUCCAAACUCUACACCUAAACCCGACGCCACAAGCAAGGUGGCACAGCCUGCCACCCGCCCUACCAUACCCCUGUUCACCGGCGGUACCCUACGACAAACCCUGGACCAACGCAAACGUCCCGCGGAAGCCCAGCCGACUGAACGUACCACCGCACGACCGAGACGGAACCCGCAAUCGACCACAUUUCACAACUUCACGCAGGAAGAUUCCGAAGUCUUUGUGCUGAACAAAAUGAGCCUGCACAGAGCGAUGGAGGACCGGGAAAGAGAAAUGAGAAUUGAAAACGAGGAAUACACACCGAACAGAGAUUCGCCGAUAAUGACUCGCUCCAGAACCGCAUCCCAACAACCCCCUGUAGACCCAGCCCUCAUAGACCCCGCACUGACCGACCUCGAAAUGACGCAGAACGAUGAGAAGUCCAAGAACAAGGUCAUGGCCAGCCUGCUGAGGGAUGAGAGGAUCAAGGAGUUCGACGUGAUUGCAAUACAAGAACCGUGGCGGAACUAUUUCACCAACACAACCCACUACCCACGACCUCAAUCCUUCGAUCUGGUGUACUUGGACGACCCAGGCACCAGGACGUGCAUGUUUAUAAACAGAAGAAUACCGCGCGGCAGAUGGACCGCAACUACCCCCUCUCCUGACUUCUGCACUGUCUCCAUCCAGUGCACCGAGGCGCCCGAGGACACAAUCCAUAUCCACAACCUAUACAACCCGGAGACCAGCACAGGGAACAGCACCAUCCCCCUCCUGCGCACAACGGUAACCGAAGCCGACAGUGAGAAACAGAUCGUGGUUGGGGACUUCAACCUCCAUCACCCACUCUGGGGAGGUACACGUAGCGACCAGGACGCUGAGGCGGAGGAGCUGGUCUCGCUCAUGGCCGACCAGCAACUGGAACUCCUGAUCCCUCCGGGGACGGCCACGUACGAUGAACACGAUAGACAAACCACGAUCGAUCUUGCUCUCGGUACACCGUGGAUCCACGAGAGGAAAGCCUACUGCGGGCUCAGGGAAGAUCUCGACCACCAAUCGGACCAUCAACCAAUUGCUGUAACAAUCAUGACGGCGGUUGAGACAUGCGACCCACCUGACCAAUGGCAAUGGCAACGGACGAACACAGAGACGCUGGAACUAGAACUCAAGAGGAAUCUACCCUACCCGACCGUCUUGGACUCGGAGGCGUCGGUGGACCACCGAGUACAAGGACUAGUUCACGCUAUAACAAGAGCCAUCGAUGCCUCCACGCCGAAGGCCAAACCAAGUGACCGCUCGAUCCCCGGGUGGACACAGGAGUGCAAGGAAGCACAGAGGACAGCGAGACGCCUUCGAAGACGAUACCAGAGGACGCGCCUCGAGAGCGACUGGGAGGCGUACUGCCAAGCCAGGAACUACAAAGCGAGACUCAUCAAAAAGACACUCCGCGACGCUUACCGAGCAAGGGUCAGGGAGGUGAGCGACUCGCCACACGGGCUUUGGAGGCUGGCGAGAUGGGCCCGCAGACGAGGGACAAGACAGGCGUUCACACCACCACUGCGCCGAAGCGACAACAGCCUGGAGCACAACCACCAAGCCAAGGCAAACCUGUUCAAAGAGACGUUCUUCCCACCCCAACCUAAUGUGGAUUUGUCCGACACUACAAACCAAAGGUACAGCGACCAACUUACCUUUCCCCCUAUCACAGAACAGGAGAUAACUCGAGCAAUCGGAUCCAUGGCCGCCAAGAAAGCACCGGGACAGGACGGCAUCCCGGCACACAUACUUCAACGACUGCUCCCCUACCUGACACCCCAUCUACUACAGAUCUACAACGCAUCCCUGGACCUACAAUACUGCCCAGCGCACUUCAGACAAGCCAAGACGGUGGUGCUACCCAAGCCCAACAAGAAAGACCUGUCAGAGGUGAAAUCGUACCGCCCGAUAGCCUUGCUGAACACCCUUGGUAAAGCCUUGGAGUCCAUCCUGGCAACAAGGAUCUCUCAGGCGGUCGAAGAACACCAGCUCCUCCCACGCACGCACUUAGGGGGAAGAAAGGGAAUGUCGACGGAACACGCGCUUCAUGGUCUGAUGGAGCUGAUCUAUCAGUCCUGGGACAACGAUCAGGUAGCCAGUCUCCUCCUGCUGGAUGUAACAGGCGCCUUCGACCAUGUCUCUCACCCCAGGCUUCUGCACAACCUGCGCAAGAGAAGGAUGGACGAAAGGAUAGUGGGAUGGGUAGCGAGCUUUCUACGAAACAGGACAACUAUUAUACAGCUACGGGAGCACACAACAGAACCUCUCCAAGUGGAGACCGGGAUCCCACAGGGUUCCCCGAUCUCUCCAGUGCUCUACCUUUUCUACAACGCUGACAUCCUGGAAGACGCGCCCCUCCGGGUGACCGGGGCAGCGGCCGGAGGUUGGAUCGACGACAUCUACUUCUUCACCAGCAGCUGCACCACCGACGAGAACUGUAGAAAGUUAGCAAGAAUGCAUGGACGAGCGGAGGCAUGGUCGGCCACUCACGGAUCAAAAUUCGACCUCAAAAAAUACCAACUCAUCCACCUCACGCGAAAUCCAAGGAGACACGAUGUACAACGGGCUUUGACCAUAUCAGACCUAACGAUUGCUCCGAUGAAAGAGGUCCGCUACUUGGGCGUCAUGUUGGACCAGCAGCUACGAUGGGGCCCUCAGAUACAGCAUAUCGAAAGCAGAACGUCACUGACGUUAAAUGCCCUGAGGUCCCUGGCAGGUUCAACGUGGGGAUCAGCGCUGGCCACGCUAAGGCUGGCAUACCUGGCCAUAGUGGUCCCACAGAUCACAUAUGCCUGCUCCGUGUGGCAUACACCGCGCGGCGAAGCAGGGCUCACAGAAAAGAUGCGCACGACCCUUGACAGGAUUCAACGAGAAGGGGCGAGGAUCGUAGGAGGCGCAUACCGAGCAGCGUCGGGCGCGGCCUUGGAUGUCGAGCUCUUCAUGACGCCUCUGCGUCUGCAGCUGGAGGAGCGAGCACACCACGCAGCACUGAAUAUCCUCACCGGCAGCCAGUUCCAGAACGAAGACGACAACAGCACCUCAGCAUGGACCCCACCGAUACGCGGAGACUCCCCCACCAGCCCCCUAACACGCCUCUACAACAGCCUCGUGAUGAAACUGGGAGAAGGAGCGGUCAGUUAUCUGGAGUCGCGGAUCCCAUUCCCGGUAAAGCCGUGGUGGAGAGCGCCCACGAUCACUAUCACGGAAGGACGAGAAGCGGCGGAACGACUGCACACACACAUUAUCAGCGGAGCCGACCCACCACUGGCAGUCUACACCGACGGUAGCGGCAUACACGGGAAAGUGGGGGCUGCUGCAUUAGCGCCGUCGAUCCACACCCAAGAACUCGCUUAUCUCGGCAAGGAAACGUCUACCACCGUCUAUGCAGCCGAGCUUCUUGGCAUUCACAUGGGCCUAAACCUAAUCCUAGCGUCGGACCGACGCAGAGCAGCAAUCUUCACGGACAACCAGGCAGCCCUAAAGGCUCUCCAAAACCCCAGAAGAUCAUCCGGUCAAUCCAUACUUCGGAGGAUCAUAGAUGCUCUAGACAGGGUCCGCGCCCAGGGCCUUCAGGUGGAAUUCUACUGGAUCCCGGCGCACCAAGGAAUCGAAGGUAAUGAAUUGGCGGAUAAUCUCGCAAAGGAAGCGACGGGCUGCAGACAACAACGAGGCAGAAGAGGGAGGAUGAUCACAGUGGACACUGACGAUACCGCAGCUACACCUGACUUCCUAAGACACCUGAUAUCCGCAGCCAAGUCGGAACUUCACCGCCAGACCCAGGUACAGUGGGAGCGGGACUGGGAGAACGAGUCAUCGGGGCGAGCCACCUACGUGCUCACACCCGCACCAAGCCCUACGGUCCUCCAUCUACACCACUCCUUACACAAGGCCCUCAGUUCCACCAUCGUACAGAUGCGCACCGGCAAGAUUGGACUACGACAAUUCCUAUAUGAAAGAAAGGUGCCAGAGAUCACUGACACCCUAUGCGAAUGCGGUGGCGGAAAUCAAACAGUACGGCACGUCUUAUUAGCGUGCCCUAGGUUUAACAACCUCAGAGCGGAAACAUGGGAAAACGGGGAAGGAAGAAGGGAUAGGUUCGAUCUCAAGGAGAUCCUGACCACGCCUAAGCUAGCUAAGAAGGCUGCAAGAUUUAUGAUCUUAACUAGACUCCUCGGGCAAUAUGGAGCAAUUACGGAGGACAAAAUACGAUAA